AUACAUAUAUACACGUACCGCCACUAUUAUACGCAGGCAGCCCUGCUACGUCGUCGUCGCCGUCGUCUAUAAAAUUAGGUUAGACUGCGUGCACCCCCUUCUCUCUGCUCAUUCGUGGCGGCGUUUCGACCAGCGAAGUGGUUGCUGACUUGCUGUGUUGUGUUGCGCUGCGGCGGUAUUGCAAGUGCCUAGUAUCGCUAUCGCCAUCAGCGCUCAACAAUACCGCACGCCCGCUUUGUUUUGUAGCUCUUGUCAGCGAACCUCCCCCCUGAAAACCCCACCCACCCUUCUCCUCCUCCUCCUCCUCCUCACUUCCUUCCAUCUCCCUCUCUCUCCUCUCGCUGCUCUCUCUCUCUCUCUGCACAGGAGACUAGCUCGACCGACCGAUCUCUCGGCCGUUUCAGCUCAUCGGCUGCGUCGAUCUGUGCGUGGCGGAGAUGGCUGGCGCGGGGGGUGCGACGGCGGUGCAGCAGCCGGCGGCGGGGAGGAGCGGGGGAGCCACGGCGGCCGGGGCGCCGGUGGCUGACCCGCGGGCGGAGGCGCUGCGGUGCCCGCGGUGCGACUCGGCCAACACCAAGUUCUGCUACUACAACAACUACUCGCUGUCGCAGCCGCGGCACUUCUGCAAGGCGUGCAAGCGCUACUGGACGCGCGGCGGCACGCUCCGCAACGUCCCUGUCGGCGGGGGCUGCCGCAAGAACAAGCGCUCCAGGAGCAGCGCCGUGGGCGGCGGCGCCGGGGGGAGGAACGGGGCCUCCUCUGCCGCUGCGGCUGCCACGUCCUCCUCGGCGGCGUCGACGCUGUCGCUGCCGCCGCCGCCGCCGGGCUCGCUUCCGUCGCUGACGUCGGCGCUGGGGCUCCACGGGGGAACUUCGCUGGCGUCGCUGCUUCUUGGCAGCGGCUCCGGCGGUGACCACCUCGGCCUCUUCCAGGCGGCCAUGCAGUCGGUGGUCUCCUCGGACGCAACCGCCUACGAGAUGCAGCAGCAGCAGACGCAGGUGGACCACCUGCUAGGCCUCGGCUACGGCUGCGGUGGCGCUGGCGGGCAGAUCCAUCUCAAGCCGUGGAUGCAGGAGGCCGGAGUGGGUGGCGGUGGGAUCAUGGACAGCUUCUACGCGCCGCUGCUGUCCAGCUCCAUCGUGCCGGGGCUGGAGGAGCUGCACGUCAAGGCGGAGGCCGCCAGCGCCGGGGAGCACCAGCAGCAGAAGACGUCAGCCGGGGAGCAGAGCGGUACCUGCUGGGAGCUGCUGACGCCGUCGUCGUCCAAUAUCGACGCCAACAUCAUCGCGUCGGACGCGCUCAUGGCCGCGGCCGCGUCCAUGAACCCCGCGGUUAGCUCAAAUUCAGCGGCGCCCGCCGCGCCCUCCUCGUUCAUGUACUGGGGCAACGGCGGUAUUGGAGGCGCCGCAGCGGCGUGGCCGGACAUCGCCAACUGCGGAUCCUCCAUUGCCACGCUAUUCUAGCCCGCCUGGCUAUCCUGCUGGCUCGUUAACUUUAUUUUUUCACCUUAAAUUUUCUGGUUAAUUUUUUCUUGACUAAAAUAACAUGUAAUUUGUGGGGGGAAGCUGAGAUGAGAGAGAGAGCACUGUGGAUGAAGAGGGAUCAUCUCACCGGCCUCAUAGGGCAGGAAAUUAGACAAAUCGAUCAAACAAUCCAAUAUUUCUAGAGGAUUUUCUUCGCAUCGGAUCCAUGUUCUUCACCGUAGAUCGAUGAUUGAGACGACAAUUAGCAUGCGUGAUGGAGAAGAAGAUGAAGGAGGAGGAGACCAGGAGAAGCAAAGAAGCCAAGAAGUGUAAGUGCAGUGUUGCCACUCCUUGAUUUGCUACUUCUUGGCUAGCUUCUCCUUCCUUGGGUGUUUUGUACAUAGGGCAUAUGGUGUGGGGGAUACAAUAGCUAAAAGCUAGCCAUGAGAGAAGCAGCUAUAGCAUGGUGGUGCAAGCUAUGGGCCUCUCUCUCAUCUCGGCAUUUUAAUCAGUGUGUUUAAUUGGUUACUUUAUAUCUCUCUCUACCAUGGAUUUGGGAAGAACUCUCUAGAUGUACAAGUUAAUACUAGUACUUUCUACCCCUUUGCAGCUGAACUAGCGAACUGUUUUUGAGUUCUCAUGCAUUAGUGCCGGCAAGGGUUCAUGCAUCAACUUCUUUCUUUCUUCUAGAGUGAAUUUUUUCUUUCUUUUGGGGCUUUUUUUGUUCAAACUUAAUUUGCUUGUACGAAGUAUGAUGACUUUGUGAGUUAUGAGAAAUUAAAACAUCUGCAGUUCUCAUGAUGCUACAUAGAUA